AAAUUUAUCAUAUUUAUGAUGCAGCAGAAUAUAAUAAAAAAACAUGUAGAGUAUUAGUAGAUAGAGUUGAUAAUGUAGCUACAGCUGUUAGAAAAUUAAAUCGUAGAAAAGAUGAAGAGGAAAAAAAAUUUCAUGAUAAUGAUUAUAUAAAAACAUUUAUAAAACUUCAGAAAAUUAAAACAAAAUGUCUUACAUUAACUGAAGAAUUAGAAAGUACUUGUAAUGAAUUACAAUUUGGUAUUGUUAUUUCGAUGGAGGAUAGAGCUCUUGAACAAAAAAGUUUGACGGAAGAU